ACAAAUUCAACUUUUUGUCGAGUGAUUGAAUUCUUAAGGCCCUUUUUCUAGCAACAGCUUUUAAAGAACGUUUUAUGUUCUAGAGAGAGUGGAAAUAGCCAUGACAUAAUGUGCUUUGAAACCAUUCUGGGCUUUUUCUGGUGGUCCAUUGCUUUAGAAAAUCUGUUUACACGAGGGAACAGUUCAAAAAAUCUGGUUGUAAAGUCUUGGUUUCUACAUUCAGGGAUAUACAAGUAAUCUAGGGGACUUUGCUAUCAGAACAAUCCAGAAAAAUUGAAACAUGUUAUUUUGGAAAAAAACGGGAAGAUGUUAUUUUCCUUUCCUUUAGGUUCAGGUUAAACUCAGUCUGGCAUAUUCAUAAGUUAUAUAUAAUUCAAAAUGUUGGUAAAAACGUUUCACCAAAUAAUUUUGUUGCUGAAAUCCACCUAAAAAUUUUUAAAGGGCCAACUUGUUUUGUCAAGAGAAUUUUUGAUACGUUGUUAUGAAGUCUUCUUUAUCAGCCGAACUUGCUAUAUUGUCCUUGCCAUUUCUCAAAUUAAAGUUGGCUGCAGAAAAUCUUUAUAGAAGACUAAAAACAUAAAUUCAUUACCGUAGGAAGACUAGAAUUAUUGGAGUUGUGUCAUUGUUAAAGAACUGUAGGAACACAAGGGAUAGCUAAUUGUCCAAAAACCGAGAUAUAACCUUUUGUUUGGGGGGGGGGGGGCAACCUUGAUAAAUCAGUGUAACAUCAGCCAUAUUGUACAAAAUAAAAGUAUUUUACUUAUGCAAAUUAAGUUUUUUGGGAGGGACCAAGGCCCCCCGGUAUUUCGCUCCUUGUUGUAAACAAAGGGUUUUAAAAUUUUGAGUGAGGCAUGAGUCCGCUAGGAACAACAAAAGUUUAGUUCGGCAUCGUAUUUUAUUAUAUAACGAAAGCUUUGCUGAAAAUCUGUCCUGCCCUUUGUCUGGAUCGCAUGUGUCCUGUUUUGAGGAAAACCUAAACCAAUAACGUGUUUAGAAUCCUACGCAAAAUUAUGAGGUUUUCACACUUCCAAACAGAUUGCCAUGCAAUGUUUACGGAAAUCGUCUUAAUGUAAAUUAGACUGGAGGCAAUCUUAUACAAAUGUCACGCUGAUGGCUGUUCUUAUCUUUUUAAAGGUUUUUUUAAUUAAGGUAUUGAAGUUUGAAUUUUAUCCUUUUUGUUGAUUAGAAUCCACAGACGUAUUUGUGACAGGAAUCUAAGCGAGGCUUCGAAUUGAAUAGAAUCAAAUCUGUUUUGGUCACAUGUAGUUUUAGACCAAACGGAGAAUAGGGGAAUGGUCGUCUGAAAGCGAAAUUUAUGGGACCAAGUACUUAUGGUCAAUUCGAGGGGGCUGAUUUCGAAAAUUGAUGCUGUACCGGGAUUUUGGGGGGCCAUCUUCUGAUUUCUAACUCACUGCACACGACAUCUGAAUGUAAAACUUUUUUUCUUUAGUUUGUUUUUGCGAAAGCUCCUAGAUAUGUUCUUGUAAUAAGUAACAACCUGACGAACGAAUUCUCAUAAAUCCAAACCAUGUUACCCGGUACAUCUGGUACCCAGGGUAGGUGCAAGCAUACUCGGAUACAUAGAGCUACCACCUUAUUUUUUUGAUACUCUUGUAGCUUCUGUUACCCUGUUAACUGCUUCAUUCAAGAGUUUUAUGAGCACACUCUAAUCGUAGGCAUAAUUUAAGCACAUAAGGAAGGAGCCCCACCCCUCUCCAAUGUUAGAUAUUCGUGUUUUUCUGUUCUGUAGCAUUUUAUCAGUUGGUAAUGAACGUAAAUUUUCUCUCGCUUAAUGUGCAGCAAGAUUCAAGCUUUACAGUCGUCGGAAGGAAAUUCAUAUUUUUUGGGAGGGAGGGGGGGCCUGUUCAAUAUAUUCCUCCUUAUUCAGUACACUUUUAUAAAGGAAAUAUACUAUAGAUUGACAGCGAUUGGGGGGCUCCAGCAAAACCUCAUCCUCUGCACCCUUGGUUCGACGAACUUGCUUUAUAGACAGCAGAGACUCAUUAGCAAGGAAACGCGCUCUUUUAUGUAACAUAAAAAGCUUGAAUAAAGCGAAAUUCCCUGGGAAAUGCUCAUUUUACGCUUUUGAUUUUGUAAAACCCAGCAAGAGAGCUCUGUCCUGAUUGAAAACUUCACAUUUCCUGUUGAUGAAGAAUUCAAUGAAAUUUUUGAAAGAACCUAGUGUCAUUUGAAAAAUCGAAGAUUACUUGUUCGGUUUAUUUUGGUGGCAACCAAAGCAAUUCGCUUGCAUUCAAUGUGCGAACAGUUUACGAGGUUUGCUGUUUACGUGCAUUCGUAAUACAUUUGAGAUUUCCUGGUGGAUUUUUGCUUAUUAUGCACAGAUCCGAAGAAACAUGUUUUGGUAAUUCAAGGAUAAACGAGUGACGAUACAACGAUGCCUUCUAGAAAGUUUUCUGUAAACUCUCAAUUCUCGUCUUCGUCAGUGAAAACAUCUGGAAGCAGUAGCAAUGAAAUAAGCGCAUACCGCAGAGCCGCAUCCGUGCAUGAAAUCAACGAGCUAUACGCCGCUCUGAAUGAACUGAUUAACUCCCCGCCAACGCAGCAACGACGAAAUACAGGAGAUUCGGUGGUAAGUGGGAAGUCUAGUUGGUCUUCUGAUAGCAAUUUAUUAGAAAAUGAAGCGAAUCAUAAAGUUCUUACGAAGCGAGCGAAUUCUGAGUCCUCAUCUCUAAGGCCAUCACGAUCCGCCUCUUGUUUGUCGUCAAAGAGCUGUUAUGCGUCUAUCUGUACCAAUACGUCACAAAUUUCAACGGCACAAAAUACAGACUCUCAAAAGAGCAGUGGUAUAUACUCAAAGCUUGUCGCUAAAAUUCGCGGUAAAAAGGCAGUUGAGGGGAAACGCGGUAAAGCUAACCAGAAGAUGCGGAAAAGUUCUAGCAUUGACCCAAACGUAUGCGUUAUUAACGGAAAACCCGUUAAAAGCAUUGAAGAUCUAAUCGAGCUAGCGAAUUCGAAAAACUCGAGCAGUGGCACCAAAACCAGCGCUAAGGAUAAACGCAAGAAGUUUAAGACUCAGGGCAGAUCGAAAGCAAAUUCUUUUGACUCUUCUGAAUCAAAUUCGCUUGGAAUAUGCGUACAUAAAGUAUCUUCGAAGUUAAGAACUUGGUACACAAGGGCUGCCUCCAUUGCAGCUACAAUCGAAGAUGAGGCCAGGUCGCGAGCAGAAUCUUCAAUGACCGCUUCGAGUGAAAAUUUCCUUGACGACAGUCCUUGCGAGAUGAACGGUGGUGAUGAAGUCAAAUCUGAGGAGGGGCUAGCUCUUGCUGACUUUGACGUUUCAAAUGCGGACGCUUUGGAACUAAAAGUCGAAGAUUCGAAGCAAGAAACAAACGUUGAUACUUCAAAAGAGGAAGUAAAGAAAAAUGUUCCUAGAAUUGAUCUCUUAUUGAAAAGGUCGUACAGCAGUUAUGAUUCAAGUGAAGACGUCUUUUUAUGUGAUAAAAACCACGGAGUUAGGUGUACCGAGAAUUCUCGGUGGAAAAGUGACAAUAGAUGCGAUCUUAUUCGUCGUUUGUCGUUGAACAUCGUUGAGGAUGUUUUGGCGGGAAAGUCUGCAAGUUGUGGUAAUAUUGGAAAAUCUGGUCGUGUUAUGCAUCACCCUGAUCUUGGUUCAAAUCUUAAGGUUCAACAAUGGCUAAAGGAUCUGGACAGCGGCAGGGCCCUGAAAUCCGGUAAAGGUAUUUCGUCACAAACUGCGGAGGAGACAAUACAAAAGUUGACUAAACUAUGUCAUGAUUCUGAAACUGCGAAGGAGGGUCAAUCACAAUGCAGCGGGUGUCAAGUGAAUGUAGAGCCCCUACAAACGCAGCCGUUGUUCUACAUUCCUAACUUUAACAAAAAGGAAAAUGAUGCUUCAGUGAAUAUGAUAAUACCUUUUUAAUUUUUUUAUUUUAAUGGCUUCCAAAUUACAAAAUAACUAGAAUUUGUAUUUGUAUAAUAGAAGAAACUCAGAGCAUUAGGAUUUUUAUAGCUUAUAUUUAGACGUACCUUAAAUUUGUUGAAGUAGAUAAAUGCAAAUUGUUUUAUUGUUUACCAUUUGUUCCAAGCCUAUAACUCUGGUUGUUUUUUCUCAUUUUCCAGUACCUUCCAUAAUGUUCCAAAUGUCAUUUGUUAUCUAUCAAUAUUUGCAGAUUAUCAUUUUGCCACCUCCUGGUGGAUUUUCCGGCAAAUUAGACGGACACAGAAAAAUUAGAGGUGGUAGAAAUUGCCUCAAUCUCCGUAGAUCUUAAAAAUCAUGCUUUUUAUGAUGUAUUAUUCUAAAAAAUACUAGUGUGAUGAAACUGCUAGGCCUUUUGAGAUAAAACUGCUAAGCAUUGGAAAUGGCGUUGUAUAGUACACUGGAAAUGUGAAUUUAUCUUAAGUGUAAUUUUUUUUAUUUUUUGACGCGUAUAACUAUCGUGAAGAAAGCUUUGGGAACAGUUACUUCAUUGUCAUUUUACAUCAAACUGAGGAUCAGCAAAACAUGGCAACCUCUAUCUACCAGCAUAUCCGAGGGGCAAAUCACUCUAAGAAAAUCUCUUACACCUUUUGUGAAAAUCCUAUUGUUUUAUCUGGAAAUUCUCAGAAAUCCUUUUUUUUAAGCAAAAUCUCGU